CGCCCCGCCCCGCGGUCCCCAGCCGGGCCGGGCCUCGUCCCCGGCGGCGCUGAGGGUGCCUCCCUCUCACCGAGAGGGCUCGUGGGCGUUGCUGGGGGCAUCAAGUCCCGAAUAGGAAUGUUAUGCUUUUAAACAAGAGAUAAAACUGCUGAAAAACCAGAGCUAGACCCAGCAACAAACUAAUGGAGAUGUGCAGCAAAAUGGGUUGAGAGCACGGCUGCCUUAUUCCACUUUGUUUUUGCAGUGUCUUCAGUUUUGCUUCUGAGAGUGCUCCGUAUCUAAAUGGGUUUGUCAAAUUGGCAAAGAAGAACAGACAAACUCCGGUGUCUGUUGCAUCCUGAUUUAUCCACUUUGCUGCGGACAGCCUAUGAAGGAGAUCUACUGCAAUGUGCCUGUGAACCUUCCGUGCAAACAGAUAAGGAGUUUCUGUUUUCAACCAGUGCUGGCUGAGCUGAAACUUCCUGCACCGUGUGGAGAGCAUGUAUAAAAGGAAUGACUUCAUGGCCAGUGUGAUGGUCACCUCUGCCACUCCAGAGGGUAGUAGUAGCUCAGAUUCCCUGGAAGGGCGAAGUUCAGAUUAUGCCAAUAAAAGCUACGAUGCAGUUGUAUUUGAUGUGUUGAAAGUAACUCCUGAGGAGUUUGCUAGCCAGAUAACAUUGAUGGAUAUGCCAGUAUUUAAAGCUAUACAGCCUGAGGAACUAGCCAGCUGUGGAUGGAAUAAGAAAGAAAAACACACCCUUGCUCCAAAUAUUGUUGCCUUUACUAGGAGAUUUAACCAGGUCAGUUUUUGGGUUGUACGAGAAAUAUUAACAGCACAGACCUUAAAAAUAAGGGCCGAAAUACUGAGCCACUUUGUGAAAAUAGCUAAAAAGCUUCUAGAACUGAACAAUCUUCAUUCUCUUAUGUCUGUGGUGUCAGCACUGCAGAGUGCACCUAUCUUCAGGCUGACCAAAACUUGGGCUCUUUUGAAUCGGAAAGACAAGACCACCUUUGAGAAGUUAGACUAUUUACUGUCUAAGGAAGAUAAUUAUAAAAGGACACGAGAGUACAUCAGAAGCUUAAAAAUGGUUCCUACAAUUCCAUAUUUAGGAAUUUAUCUCUUGGAUUUAAUCUACAUAGAUUCUGCAUAUCCUGCUUCAGACAGCAUAAUGGAGAAUGAACAAAGAUCCAAUCAAAUGAACAAUAUUCUCCGAAUAAUAGCUGAUCUGCAAGUAUCCUGCAACUAUGAUUAUCUCACAACACUUCCCCAUGUGCAAAAGUAUUUGAAGUCUGUCCGUUACAUUGAGGAACUUCAGAAGUUUGUAGAAGAUGACAAUUACAAAUUAUCUUUAAGAAUUGAGCCAGGUAACAGCUCUCCUCGACUGGUUUCCUCCAAAGAAGAUCUUGCAGGUCCAUCUGACAUGUCAGCAGUUAUGAAAUUCAGCAGGAGACCCACAUGUCCUGAUGCCUCAGUUGCAGCAAGUCUACCUACACCUCCUGUACCAAGGCACCGGAAGAGUCACAGCCUAGGAAACAAUAUGAUGUGUCAGUUGAGCGUCGUGGAGAGCAAAAGCGCCACCUUCCCGACGGAGCGGCCACGGCACCUGCUGGACGACAGUGUCCUGGAGUGUCACAGCCCAGCGCGCGGCCACGCGCCCAGCACGCGCCUUGCCAACGGCCUCUCCGUAGAUAGCAGUGAAAGCUCAGAAUUUAGUGAGGAGCUGCCGUCAGGGCUUGAAAGGGGUCGUUUAUAUGCCACGCUGGGUCCUAACUGGAGGGUACCACUCAGGAAUUCUCCUCGGAGUCGAAGCUGUGUCUACAGCCCAACAGGUGCAUGCAGCUGCACAGCAGGUGGUCCCACAGGAGUCAUUACCAUGGAAGGGCCUUUAAGAAGAAAAACACUGCUCAAAGAAGGCAAGAAACCUACUCUCUCCUCAUGGACUAGAUACUGGGUCAUGCUUUCAGGAUCAACUCUUCUGUACUUUGGAGCAAAAGCUUUAAGAGGCACUGAAAGAAAACAUUAUAAAUCUACACCUGGGAAAAAAGUCUCCAUUGCAGGCUGGAUGGUGGCACUGCCUGAUGACCCAGAGCAUCCUGAUAUUUUCCAGCUAAAUAACCCUGACAAAGGCAAUGUUUACAAGUUUCAGACUGGCUCAAGGUUUCAUGCAAUACUAUGGCAUAAACAUCUGGAUGACGCGUGCAAAAGCAACAAGCCUCAGGUACCUGCUAAUCUAAUGUCAUUCGAAUAAUUUCCUCUCCUACCUGGUGUGACUUCAAGUGCCAAACCGAAGAAACAGGUUAUUGUUCUCUAAGGAGGAAGAGGAGAAUGGUUUUUCUGACAUGAGCCAGCCACAGAUAUUUCAGCACUUUCCUAUGUAACUUGAAAGUGAUUCUGACACAGCUUUUAAAAGCAGAAAGUGAAUGUUAUCCCUAGGACCAGAUAAAGUCUCAUGCACUGAGUGAAAGCAGACAAGUUAGACGGACAGAAGAUUAAUCCUCACUCCUGCAGGAUUCUAGAGCCCUCAACUAUUUGUGGUCAGAGACUGCAUGAACUGAUAUUUGGCCGCAAACUGAGCAUUAUAUCUUCUGCCUGUUCUUUUUCAAAUGGUUCUUUUUAUUGUUAAGCUGCUUUGUGUGACUGAAGAAUAUUUGGCCCAUGUUGGGUUUCAGUUCUUUCUAAUGCACAGAAUGAUUGACAGUGUUAACUUGCUCCAAAGUGUCAAUUAGGAUAGAAAAUUGUGGAACAACAUUUUUAUAACCUAAGUGCACUGAGUUGCUUGGCAAUGUGGCUGCCUCAAAUUUUCUAUCAAAUCUCUGGACAAUAUGCUGUUCAUAUUUGAGCUAUUUGGGAAAAAUGUAUUUUGGCACAGGACAGUUGGAUUUCUUUUUCAUUCAGUUAUUUUGCUCAGGAAUACACUGGUAGUAGAUUUAAGGCUGUUUAAAUUUAUGUUGUGCUGAAGUUUGUCUUUCAUUCUUUUACCAAUGCAUAGUUGCUCAUAAAUUUGGUGUUUUGGUUCAGUCUGAACGCUGUUCAUUUCAAAUCCCUUAGCAUAGGGAAGCAGGUAAUCAGGUGUUUUAUAUCACGUGGUCCUGGCUCCUCAGAAUGACUCCAUAUCAUUGUUUCUGUUCUGUCCUUCUGUGGACGACUUGGCUCCAUUCAAUUCCAGUAUGUGUUGUGACUUCAGGACAUUAGUACUGGUAUAUGGUACUGCUAUUAUAAAAUCAUGGUGGCAGUGAAAGACUGUCCAGCAGUGGAGCAAGUACAAAGAAGUCUCCACAUCAAUAUCCAGAGAAUAAAUGAACAACAAAAGAAGUGUAACUGGACCUUCUUCUCCGAAGGAACGCUCUCUGUGCUGUAUUCCUGCUGUACCCUGGCACUCCUGCAGUCAGAAUCGUUUUCUGUUCAUAUGUUAAAUUCAUCACUUUUUCUUUUUCAAACUCUUUUGCUAUGUAGCAUCAUUAUUUCGACUUCAUCAAUCACCAGAAAACCUCUUCUGACUUUCCUAAGAUUGUGUAGAGGAGAAAUUUGCAAGUCAGCCUCUAACUUACAAACCAGGAACACCAUGAAAGUCAGUUUAAGUGAACAGAACCUCUACUAGAACAAGCUCCCUGGCAUUAGCAGUAUGUAUUCUGUGGACUUCAUGAUUUUCUACAUUUUAAUUUUGAAACUUCUCUAACAACAAGGAGAAAAAGCCAACUCUUUUUUAAAUGAAGGUCAAAAGUAAAUUUAUUGUUCUUUUAAGAGUUCAUGUUACAAUCCUGAAAGCCUUAGAUUAUACUAGGUUUUCAAGAAAAACAGUUCCUGAUAACAACUGCAUUUAGAUCCUGGGACAUGGGAAAGUAUAUGUAAAGUUGACAAAAUUUAUUUGAUAACUAUGAAAAGAGUGGUAAUUAAAAAUAUAUUUGUAUUGUUUUUCUCUUUCUUUGCUAACUUAAGACAACUUUGAACUAGGAAAUACAUGGUUAUCUGCAAGGGCAGAGUAUCGAACGCCAUUAGAGAUGGUAUAGAAGCUUUUGAAUGUGGUAACAUCCUGUCAGCAGUAAAUUACUUCAGACUGUUAGGCUAUGAUAUAGUCUGAAUUACUCUACACAUGUGGAUUUUUGUGAUUAGUUAUCAAUAUGAGAUUUACAAUCUUUUCCGCAUAGCACAAUUGUGAAAUUGCUGCAGAGUAUUGAGAAAUUCAGAUUGAUGGCAGUGAAAGAAUAUUAGUAAAACAUCUUACACCAAUUUUGAAUAAGUAAUAAACAGUUUGUAGCUGCUGAUUAGAGGUGUUAUGAUACCAUUUGGUACCAUUUGCUAUUACCAGGUACUGCUAUGGUUAAUUGAAGGCUGCUAUUGAAAAACAAAAGGUUGCCUAUCGCCACUGAUUGUUACUGCAUUUCCACCAAAAAAAAUCACAAACCAUACAAGUUCUCCUCCAUCAAAGAGAACAACAACUACAAUAGUUCUGUAAAAGUAAACAUUAUAACAGAAUUGCCAUUUUCAGAAUUGUGAAGAUAAAAUAACUAUAGGUAAUAUUAUUCGUUUAUUUAAUGUAUUAAUUUAUUUAAUUGAUUUUUCUUUUUAUUAUUUAGUUAUUAUUUAUUUAUUUAAUUAUUUAAUUUUAAUGUAAUUUAGUGCCAAAAUGCAUAUUUUUCCAAAUAGCACUAAAAUGAGGCAAAGAAACUAGUUUUCAAAGUGAGACUGACUUGUCACACUAUAAUGUGAAUCAAUUUCAACAUUUUGGUUUGUUUUGUGUGGAAGCUGUUGCACUAUUUUUGGCUGUAUUUUCCAGCAGUCCACUGCAUGCCAUUUGUGUAAAGGAUUCUUUCUAAAAUUCUUGUGAACUGUCUCACCUGUAAGAACUCUGGUGUUGGAAUCUAGGUUUUUGGCAAAGUAUUUUGUUACCUCAGUCUUGUAUCGAGUUGCUGCAUUUUUCAGUUUGUUACAUUGAUAAUAAUGAUUGUUUUGCUAAUUAAAUACUUUAAUGUAAAAAACGUUUGUUUACUACAACAGUAAUAGCAUUUGGUUGUAAGUUUAAAAAUGUGCAGGGUAUGUAUGCUGUUGACAAUAAAAUAUUCUGAAAAAGGGGAGGUACAGAAGGAAUGUUUUAGCUCAAAGGCAGCAUGCAUGUUUUAUUUGUGAACGAAUGGUAAUAUACUUGAACAGACUUUAUAGAGCAGAGAGUCUAGCCAUUUAGUAGUAUAAAUACAACAGAAUCAACAUUUCUAGGAUAAAAUUGAAAAAGCCUCCAAAUUUGCAGCUUUUUCAAGUGAGAUUUUGAAAGUCCAAAGAAGUAGAGACAAAUUUAAAUUUCUUUGCACUUCAAAUUUAACUCAGCAGGUUUGCAGAUGACGCCAGAGUGAUGCAGUGGCCAUACCUGAAGACUGGGGCCUGGACAAGCUUGAUGAGAGGCUCGGGCUGACAUAAUUCUAAUGAAAAGAUCAAGAGAAACUCUGCUGAGAAGGACUUGGGGGUGCUGGUGUAUGAGAGGCUGGACAUGUUCUGGCCAUGCGUGCUGGCGGCUCAGAAGCCGUCCUGGGCUGCAUCAAAAGCAGUGUGGGCAGCAGGGGACAGAGGUCAUUCUGCCCCUCCACUCAGCUCUUGUGAGACCUCACGUGGAGUGCUUCAUCCAGCUCUCAAGUUCGUGGUAUAGGAAAGAUGUGAACCUGUUGCAGUGGGUCCAGAGAAGAGCCACAAGAAUAAUCAGAGGGCUGGAUCACCUCAGCUAAAAGGAAAGGCUGAGACAGAUGGAAUUGUUUAGCCCAGAGAAGAUGUGCCAAGGAGAUGUUAUUGCCACCUCUCAGUACUUGAAGGGGACUUACAAGAAAGAUAGGGACAGAUUUUUUAAGUGACGCCUGAUUGGAGAACAGAUUAUAGUUUAAAACUAAAAGAAGGUUGAUUCAGACUAGAUAUAGAGAAGAAUUUUUUUGCAGUGAGGGUAAUGCAUUUGUUUUGUGAACUGGAUCAGUGGAUCUAGGAAAGACACUUUCAAAUGGGAAAAAAAAUAUUUGGUCCACACAGGGUGGUUGAGGCCUCAGUCUACUAUUUUUUCAGGUAUUUGCACAUGGUUGGGAAGCGCCUAAUAGCACUGUUUACAUGUCUUUGCAGGAAACUGGUGUGACAUACCUCUUAACAAGGAUACAUCCCUUUGGAGAUACACAGCUUUGGCUCUGAAAGAGAACUGUAUUGGUAUGCUACAAUUUUAAAUGUAAGAAUUACAUUUUAAAGCAUUUCAUUGUAAUAAGCAUUUUACUCUGUGUUCUCCCCAGAAAUAAAGACACUCUCUGUGGAAGAUCUCUAUAA